AUGGCCAGCAAUCCACCACUACCCCCAUCCCUUCUCAGUGUACCCCGCAUAACGACCUUGUUUGCGUCUUUGAUCGUUGCAUUGAGUUCUGGGACAAAUUAUGUGCGUUCAUACUCUCCACAGUUGGGAGCAAAGUUGGGGAUCUCGCAUACAAAACUAAAUAUUGUUGCAUUGGCUGGCAAUGUUGGGGUGUAUAGCAGCGGUCCGAUAUGGGGGCGUAUAGUAGAUUCUAGAGGGCCCCGGAUACUUCUGGGGUGUGCCUUUGCUUUUUUGCUGGGAGGCUAUUCCGGCAUGCGAUAUCUAUACGACGCUGGACUCCCGAGUGGUGUCUCCAGCUUGUCAACAGCUGGCUUCAUUCUUUUAGUGCUGUUCAGCUAUAUGACAGGGACAGGAGGGAAUGGAGGUUUAGUCAGCUCUGUGAAUACGACUGCGAAGACAUUUCCUGACAGAGCGCGAGCUUCAGCUACGGGUUUGGUCAUCUCUGGCUUUGGUCUAUCCGCCUUCUUCUUUUCGAGUCUAUCGAAUCUAUUUUUUGCGGGCAACACAUCAUCAUUCCUAUUUGUUCUUGCAAUAGGAACCUCGGUUCCUAUGAUAAUGGGCUUCUUCCUUGUUCGGCCCAUUCCACUACCCUCUGAGGAUGCGUAUGAUAUUGUAGAAGAUUGCGUAGAGGAGGUGCCCCGCCGGUCGUCUACCACUCGCCAGACGAGUCGGACUCGUCUGCUAGAUCAUGACUUUGUGGAACCACGCCAAACGCGCUAUGCUCGUCGUCUGCAAGAGGAGGACGAAGAUGAGGCGUCUGGUGUCGACGAAGAAGUUGAACUGGAUUCCCAACACACCCCAGAAGUAAGCUCUUUGCUUGCUGCUUCGGCGAGACAUAGAAGUUUGAGCAGGGGAGCUGCGAUGUCUGUUGGCGCCCUGCCGAAUUUGCACGGCGUUAAGCUUUGGCUCAGUAGCGAUUUUUGGCUACUUUUCAGCAUUCUAUCAAUUCUGAGUGGGACUGGUCUCAUGUAUAUCAAUAACGUCGGCUCCAUGUCCCAGGCGCUAUAUGCGCAUCAGAAUCCCAAAUACGAUGAAAUAGAAGCUUCAAGUUGGCAGGCCACCCAAGUUUCUGCUAUCAGUCUCAUGAACUUCUUGGGGAGAAUAUUCAUUGGUUUGGUGUCUGAUUUCGCGAAAAACAAGUACGAAAUGCCACGGUCUUAUUCUCUGGUGCUCGUCUCGUUUUUCUUCUUCAUAUCCCAAGUUGUGGCCUCUAUGGAAGAUAAGAUUGAGAACCUGUGGGUUGCGAGCUCUUUGCUGGGGCUUGCACAUGGGAGCGUGUUUUCACUCUUCCCCACUGUGUGUCUUGAAUGGUUUGGAAUGCCCCACUUUUCUGAAAACUGGGGAUAUCUAUCAUUAUCACCUAUGAUUGCCGGCAACAUAUUUUCCAUUGUGUUCGGGCACAAUCUAGACGCCCACGAUGGGUCCAAGCAAUCACCCUCAUCCAUUGCCACUGUCACUGCAUCUGCUCCCCAGUGUUUGUUAGGACUGGAGUGUUACGUCUCGACUAUCUAUUUAACGACCGCUGCGACGUUUACCGCUAUUCUCCUGAGUAUAUGGGCGGGGUAUAGAGACCGCCUAAAGAUUGCCGCGUCCAUUCGGAAUAAAGAAGCUAUGCGAUCUCUAGAAGAAGUCGAUUAUUAG